AUGGCUUGGAGCUCAGGCUAUCGCAAUGUGAUGAUUGAAAGUGAUUCUUCUAGUGUAAUCACUCUGCUAUCCAUGAAUGGUAUAGCAAUCCGUGAGUGUCAUCUGAUAUCUCGCAUACGGAUUUGGAUUCAGAAAGAUUGGACAGUUUCUUUUCGUCAUACAUUUCGAGAAGACAAUACUGUUGCUGAUUGGUUGGCCAAUUUUUUACUUGAUGAUCAAGAGCAGCCUGAUAAAAGAGUUUGGUGGGAUCCUCCUCCUGGUGUUUAUUUUUUGUUGUUUGCAGAUUUGGCUUCUGUUUGUAGACCACGUGAGGUGGUUUGUAGUUCUUAG